AUGGAAAAACAGAAACAAGAAAGCAAAGACUGGUAUAAUGUACAGAAGAGCGAGUUCCUAGUAUUCAAGCCAAAGGGGGGCACCGUGGGUACGGUUCCAACGGUGUACCUGUACGGAACGGAACUUAAACGAACCUCGCAGUUUAAGUACCUGGGGCACUGGGUGACGGAAGACCUGUCGGAAGGCGUGGAUAUAGAGAGAGAAAGGAGAUCCAUGGCGAAUUUCUACACGUGCAGCCUGUGGGUGAGGCAUUCUGCGAGUACCCUCAAUACACUGAGGGUACAAUAUAAUAAUGCAUUUAGGAUGCUUAUGGGGCUGCCGCGCUACUGCAGUGCCUCGGGUAUGCUCACGGAGGCUAGGACAGACGGCUUUCACGCCAUUUUGCGUAAACGUGCGGCAUCCCUGAUGCGACGCGUGUGCGCCAGCCCCAACAGCCUCCUACGUGUGGUGGCCAGCAGGCUGGAUGGCCCGUUCCAGUACCACUGGUUGAAAUUACAUGUCCGGUGA